AUGACAGGUCCAGUGCAGGAUUCACAAAGGCUUUCUGUGAAAACAUGGACAGAGGACGAGAGUGACCAAGCUGACAGCCCACUCAGCAGAGGUCAGUCGAUGUGUGAUGACACUUCUUCAGAGCUACAGAGGAUGGCAGCUAUUGACAGGAGAGACAUUAAUUCCCAGAAUUCUUUUCAUGGGCGAGGAGCUCUCUCCAGGAUAGUUGGUAUGGUCAUCACUCUUAGAGAAUGGGCUCACAAGAGCAUGGCUGAUGAGACGGAGCGACCAGAUUCCUUCUUGGAGCGUUUCAGAGGUCCAGCCCAGACAGACAUUCAGUCCCCACCCAGCAGAUACAGCCACAGCCACACUGGCUCGGAUGCGGAUAAUGUCACCAGACACACGAGAAGGAGGUGUACUAUCAUGGUCUUAUCUCCGUCUGAUGAUGCUUACUACUACUGGCUGACCGUGAUUGGUGCUGCUGUCUUUUACAACUGGACCGUAUUAGUUGUCAGGGCCUGUUUUGAUGAGCUUCAGAUGAGGAACCUGUUAGUGUGGAUGGUGCUGGACUAUGUCUGUGAUGGCGUCUAUAUCCUGGAUAUUGCUGUUCGCCUCCAUACAGGUUUUCUGGAUCAAGGCUUGAUGGUGAAAGACGUUCGCCGCCUGAGAGAGACCUACGUUCGAACCUCACAGUGUAAAUUUGACGUCUGUUCCAUCCUUCCAACCGACCUGCUGUACCUGACUGUUGGAAUCAGCUACACUCCUCUUCUUCGAUUCAACCGCCUCCUGCGUCUGCCACGUCUUUUUGAUCUGUUUGAACGUACAGAGACCCGAACAGGCUACCCCAACGCUUUCCGUAUUUGUAAACUGGUUCUUUACAUCCUGGUCAUCAUCCACUGGAAUGCCUGUGUAUACUACAGCUUCUCUAAGGUCCUGGGCCUGGGCUCGGACUCAUGGGUUUAUCCCAACGCCUCAGACCCAGAGUUUGGAUCUCUGAGCAGGAGUUACAUAUACUGUCUGUACUGGUCAACCCUGACACUGACCACUAUUGGAGAGACACCACCUCCUGUUAGAGAUGAAGAAUACUUGUUCUUGAUAUUUGACUUCCUGGUUGGUGUCCUGAUUUUCGCUUCCAUUGUGGGAAAUGUUGGAUCCAUGAUCUCUAACAUGAAUGCCACCAGAGCUACUUUUCAGGGCCGUGUAGAUGGGCUGAAACACUACAUGCACUUCAGACAUGUCAGCAAGGUGCUAGAGCAACGUGUCAUUCACUGGUUCGACUACCUCUGGACCAAUCAGAAGACAAUAGAUGAACAGGAAGUACUAAGGAGCCUGCCCAGUAAACUGCGAGCAGAGAUUGCUAUUAAUGUUCACCUGGAGACACUGAAGAAGGUGCGUAUUUUCCAGGACUGUGAGGCAGGCCUCCUGGUGGAGUUGGUGUUAAAACUCCGACCACAGGUGUUUAGUCCUGGAGACUACAUUUGUAGGAAGGGGGAUGUGGGUAAGGAGAUGUAUAUAAUUAAAGAUGGCCGCCUGGUAGUGGUGGGAGAGGAUGGAGUCACCCAGUUAGCUGUUCUAACAGCAGGGAGCUGCUUCGGUGAAAUCAGCAUCCUGAACAUCAGUGGCAGCAAGAUGGGGAACAGACGUACAGCUAACAUUCAGAGUCUGGGUUACUCCGAUUUGUUCUGCCUUUCCAAACAAGACCUAAUGGAGGCACUUCAAGAGUUUCCUCAUGCCCGGUCCCAGCUGGAGCAAAGGGGAAGGGACGUCCUGCGGAAGGAGGGGCUUUUGGAGGAAGUGAACGUGUCUGCGGGGGAGGAGCUACAGGAGAAAGUGGAGCGACUGGAAACCAGUCUGGAUCGGAUGCAGACAUGCCUGGCCCGUCUGCAGAGCGAGUUCAACUCUUCCCAGCUGAGAAUGAAGCAGCGAAUCACGGUGCUCGAACACAACAUCUCCACAGUAGCCACAGGCAGUGGCUUCCUGUCAGACGGCAAUGACAGCGCCUCUGGUGGUGAGGGUGUGCGCAGUGAAAUAAACAUCCGGCUCUGAGGGAAACGCUCCAGCUAUUGAAAUAUCACACCAAGUCUUUAUUGUCACAAA